GAGUCUCGGAAGCGGUUUCAGUCGUCAGUCGCACAGUUUGAGUUUCAGUGUCGCGUGGAACGCACCGUUGGCUGUAUAAAUCUGUAGCGUUUGCGCGAAAUAAAGUUCGUUAAAAAAAGUAGAACUGUCAAAAAAUGGCGGUAAACGGUGAUGAUUUGAAUAAGUUGAAUAGUAUCGAUUUAAUGAAACUUGGUGCGGAUCUCCAUGUGGGGUAUAAUUCGGGGAGAAGGUUGUCAAGGGCUCAUGAAGUGGGAGACAGACGUGUUUUGGUUAUAUACACUGGUGGCACAAUUGGCAUGGUGAAGACCGAUGAUGGACUAUCACCGGGCAAAAACAUGUUCAAGCCCUCGAUACGAAGAUAUCCACAGCUUCAUGACGAGAAUUAUCACCAGAAAAUCAUGAAAGCGUCGCCAGCGGACAAAAGUUUGGAAAGUUUCUAUGUAUUACCAAAAACUGAUGACGUAUCGUGGAGAAUUCUGUACGACAUCAAGGAGUACGACCCGCUGUUGGACUCAUCUGAUAUAACUGAAGCGGAUUGGGUGAAAAUCGCCAAAGAUAUUCAGAGUGAUUACGAGCAAUAUGAUGGGUUCGUGGUCCUUCACGGCACAGACACUUUGGCCUACACAGCAUCAGCUCUCUCCUUCAUGUUUGAAAACCUCGGCAAAGCUGUUGUACUUACUGGUUCACAGAUUCCGAUCUUCGAACCUCGGAGUGAUGGUGUAGACAACUUCGUGUCAUCUCUCAUCAUCGCAGGGGGUUACCACAUCCCCGAAGUCACCAUCUUCUUCUACGGCAAAUUGCUUCGGGGGAACCGAACGCGAAAGAUAUCCGUGAACAAUUUUUUCGCGUUUGACUCUCCGAACGCUGUCCCGAUCGUGAAGGUCGGGCUGGAAAUGGAGGUAAACAAGGCUGCCAUCUUCAAGCCGACUGUCAUCGAGAAGUUCCACGUCCACGCCAUGAUGUCGAAGCACGUUGCUCAUCUCAGGUUGUUCCCCAGUAUCAGCACAGAAGCCGUGAAAUCUGCUUGCCAGCACCCUAUUCAAGGUCUGGUGAUGGAGACAUUCGGCGCUGGCAAUGUUCCAUCAACUAGGCACGACAUUCUGCUUGUGAUAGAAAGGGCUGUGAAGAGAGGAGUGAUCAUUGUGAACAUCACUCAGUGCACUACUGGUGCAGUGGCGGCACUUUACAAGACUGGGCAGGCAAUAGCGAAGGCAGGAGUGAUAUCAGGGUAUGACAUGACGCCGGAGGCUGCCCUCACAAAGCUGUCUUACGUCCUCACCAAGACUGAAUUAUCUUACCAACAGAAAGUUGAUAUGAUGUGUUUGAACAUCAGAGGAGAACUUACCAAUCUAUCUUCUAUGUCUAUUGUAGAUCAAACGCUCAAGGAGGCUUUGGGCAUUAGUCUGAACAUCCAGUCACCGAAGAAGCUGGCAGAAGUGGUUGCUAACGUGUUCUCUUCGCUGUUGCUGUACGGCAUCAAGCAGGGAGACGAGGGCAUCGUCAGAAAGCUGUUAGAUAUGGGUGCGGAUGUCAACGCUGAAGAUUCAGAGGGCAAGACUCCUCUUCAUGAAGCCAUCCUGACUGGAAACCAUCAAAUGGUCGAAUGUUUACUGGUAAAUGGCGCCAACGUGCAUUUCAAGACAAGAACCGGCGAGUGUCCUCUCAUCACGGCAGUGUUACGCGAAGAUCCUCAAAUCAUCAACUUACUGCUGAAGUGUGGAGCUCACUUGGCCAGUGCCGACAUAUACCCGGUCUCGGAAAUCAUGACCACAGCUAUCAGAACUGGGUCCAUAUCUAAGUUGGAGUCGUUGAAGUUAGCAGGCGCCAAGUUUGACAUAGUGGAUGAGCUUCGACAGACACCAUUACAUAAGGCUGUGCUCUGCAAUCGGCCAGAAGCGGCAGAGUUCCUCCUCAGAGAGGGCGUGGAUAGGGACGCUAAGGAUGUCCUAGGCCACAGCCCAGCUGACUACGUGAUGAAACUCAAUAGGAGAAGCCUCGUCACAUAUUUUCCCUAAACAUUCGCCAAUUGAACCAUUAAAGUAUUUCCUUUGGAUCUGAGCUUUCAAAGACUUUGUAGCGCCACACGACAACAGUUGUGAUUAAUUUUCACUCGUUUCUUUGCUUGUGGGUUGUGCUUGUCCUGUGCCGUGAAUAUUAUGUUGGGAUUAAAAUUAGAGAUUAUGAGUUGGCUCUAUUUUAUAUUAUUUAUGUGUAGGUAAAAGGCUAUGAAUGUGAAACAAGUUGCGCAACUGUAGCGCUUCUUAAACAUGUGAUAUGUUGCGUGGAACACGUCGGUACGUUUAGACAUGUUUAUAAAGUACCUAAUCGUGGUUUGUUUUGUAUAGUUUUGGCUUUGUUAUCAAUGUGAUUACUUAAAUUUAUAUGAAAAUAGUACAAUAGGAUGAUUAUUAAAUGAAUUAAUUCAGAAACUAUUUAUAUUAUGAUAUUUAUUUCAGUUUUAUUCAUUAUACUUUUAAACAAAUAAAAGUGGUGCAUUAUCUUUGA